AUCCCGGCCGUCCAUCUCCCCACGUCCCACCAUCAGGACGGUCCGUCUCAGCAGCCCUCGCGCGCGUCGGCUACCCGCCCGCCCAUUCUUCCUCGCGCUGAAACCGCGUCCUCUUCUUCAGUUUCUCCUCCGUCUCUUGGAUUCUCCCAACUCCCAAGAGCCGGGGGCGGAGGAGGAGGAGGCGAUCGUCAGAGAGGCGCCGCAGACGUCCCCUCUCCCUGCGCGGCUGCGCGCCAGCCCCAGGCCGCCACCAUGUCGAUCCGCAAGGCGCUGGGCGCGGUCAAGGACCAGGCCACCAUCGGCAUGGCCCGGGUCUCGGGCGCCGUCAAGCCCGACCUCGACGUCGCCAUCGUGCGCGCCACCUCCCACGACGGCGCGCCCCCCGACGACCGCCACGCGCGCGAGGUGCUCCGCCUCGCCGCGGGCGGCUCCCAGCGGGCCUGCGUCGCCUCCCUGGCGCGCCGCCUCGCGCGGACCCGCGACUACGUCGUCGCCGCCAAGUGCCUCGCGCUCAUGCACCGCCUCGCCGCCGAGGGGGACGCGCACCUCCGCAGCGAGCUCCUGCGCCCGGCCCAGGGAGGGAGGCGCGCCGGCGAGCCUGUGCUGUCGCUGCUUCUCGACUUCCGCGACGAGGCGCACGCCGCGUCGUGGGAGCACUCCGCGUUCAUCCGUGCCUACGCGCUCUACCUCGACGACCGCGUCCGCUUUCUCGUCUCGCUCCUCCCACCGCCCCGCGUCGUGCGGUUCGCUGACGACAACAAUAGCGGCAUCGGCGGCGGCGCUUCACCGCCCGCGCCGGCGUCGGUGAGCGACAUGGACCCCGAGGGGCUCCUGGUCCGCGCGCGCCAGCUGCGCCAGCUGCUCGACCGCUUCCUGGCGUGCCGCCCGGCGGGCGCUGCCAGGGAUAGCCGCGUCGUCCUCGCUACGCUCUACCCGCUGCUCAAGGAGAGCUUCCAGCUCUACGAGGACCUCUCCGCCGUGCUCGCCCUCCUCCUCGACCGCUUCUUCGACAUGGAGUACCCCGAGUGCGUCAAGGCGUUCGAGACCUACGUCAGCACCGCCAAGCAGAUCGACAGCCUCCUCGCCUUCUACGCCUGGUGCGACGACGUCGGCGUCGCGCGAUCCUCCGACUUCCCCGAGGUCAAGCGCAUCGAUGAGAAGCUCCUCGAGACGCUGGAGCAGUUCCUGCGGGAGCGCGGGCAGGCAGGCCGCAGCUCGCCGCCGCCACUUCCAGCACAAACGGCGCACCAAUCCGCUGGCCAUGCCCAAGACGAGCCCAUGGAGUACGCCGACAUGAACAGCGUCAAGGCGCUCCCGGCGCCGGAGCGUUACAGCGCUGAUACCACCCGAUCGGUGCCGGCGAAAGCCUCUGCGGCAGCGGCACUGGCGGCCAACAAGACCGAUCAGGCACGUCAGGCUGAUCUGGUGGACCUUAGAAAACCGGCCGCCACCGCGGACGAGCAGGAGAACAAGCUCGCGCUCGCGCUCUUCUCCGCGCCGCCGGCCACGAGCGGCACCGACAGCAGCUGGGUCGCGUUCCCGUCGGACUCGGACGACGCUCCGGCGGUGACCUCGGCGUGGCAGACGGCGGCCGCGGAGCCAGGGAAGACGGACUGGGAGCUGGCGCUGGUGGAGACGGCGAGCAGCCUGUCCCGGCAGACGGCAUCUCUCGGCGGCGGAAUGGACCCUCUGCUCCUGGGCGGGAUGUACGACCAGGGCGCCGUCCGGCAGCAGGUGGCCGCGCACGCCGCGUCGGGGAGCGCGAGCAGCGUGGCACUGCCCGCGCCCGGGCGCGGCGCGGCGGCGCCCGUGCUGAUGCUGCCGGCGCCCGGCGGCACGGUGCAGGCGGUCGGGGGCGACCCGUUCGCGGCGUCGCUGGCGGUGCCGCCGCCGGCGUACGUGCAGAUGGCGGAGAUGGAGCGGAAGCAGCAGCUCCUGGUGCAGGAGCAGCAGAUGUGGGCGCAGUACCGGCAGGGCGGCAUGCAGGGGCAGCCCGCCGGGUUCAACGGGCUCGCCGGCGGCAGCGUGUUCGCGCCGAACACCGCCGUGGCCAUGCCCUACGGGAUGCCGGUGGCGUACAACCAUGUUGGUGGAUACUAUUAGCGAUGAGAGCAUCAUUGUGGUGUGAAUAAUAUUCGUGAUGACAGCAAGUUGUAGUGCCUGUCUCUCGAUCGAUUCUGAAUGUGUCUGCAGUUUACACAAUUUAAUCCAUUACCGAGAUAAGAAUCCGGUUCUGUUGGA